CGGGCUGCAGUGGACUGUAUGCUUGCCGCGGAUGAACUCUCUCUCCGCCCCUGAGGUUGUGCGCCGGACCGGGAAACCCCGCGGAUCAGAGGCGGAGCGCGCAGUGACAGAGAGCCGGGGGUGAGCGGGGGAGGCGGAGCCACGGCACUUCUGCCAGGGCCGCCAUUUUUGCACAGGGAAAAGAGGAUUGAAGGGAUCCAGUUUCUAACUGUCGGCAUAGAUAUGGACAAAAUUGUCGGGUUUUAACAGUCUCCAACUGUACGUUUGGAUUAGAGCACCACGAAGCGAAAUACAAGUGCGAAACCGCGCGAUUUGUAAAGCUUUGUUACACAUCCGCAGUGGAGAGCGAAGUAUUGUUUUGGUUGUGUGGUAGAUCAGGCGGCGGGGUCUCACCCGAGUCCCCCGUGUCUUUAUUCACAGUUAUUACAGUGGACAUCAACGGCCUUGUGGAUGCACUUAGAUGUGUGCAAUGAGUGCUGUGGCUGACAUGCCUCAGUGUUUUGGAUUGCUGUGCUCUGGACUCAGUAGGACAAGAGACUCCCAGCACAGAACGUCAUGAGCGUAGUCAUCCCAGUAGGGGUGGGCACGGCCAACACCUCAUACCUGGACAUGGCUGCAGGCUCAGAACCAGAAUCUGUGGAGGCGAGCUCUGUGGUAGUUGAGAAGUCCAGCUACCCUCACCAGAUUUACAGCAGCGGCUCCCACGGCUACUUCGGUCUGCCUUACGCCGACCACAAUUAUGGGGCGCGACCCCCACCCACCCCGCCGGCGUCCCCGCCUCCCUCGGUGCUGAUCCGGCCGGACGAGGGUCUGUUUGUGUCCGGGGGCCGGCCAGGCGAGAACUUGUUCGUGCCGGGCGGGCAGGACGAGGCGUCGCGUGGUACCACGCUCAGCACCUCGGAAGACGGCAGCUACGGUGCUGACAUCACACGCUGCAUUUGCGGCUUCACCCAUGACGAUGGCUACAUGAUCUGCUGCGACAACUGCAGUGUGUGGCAGCACAUAGACUGCAUGGGGAUCGACCGGCAGCACAUUCCCGAGACCUACCUGUGUGAACGCUGUCAGCCACGCACCCUGGACCGAGAGCACGCCAUCCUGCUGCAAACCAGGAAGAGAGAGAACAUGUCUGACGGGGACACCAGUGCUACAGAAAGCGGGGAUGAGGUUCCACUAGAGUUGUACACAGCGUUUCAGCACACCCCCACCAGCAUCACACUCACAACAGCACGUCUCGGCAACAAACAGGCUGAUAAGAAACGAAAGAAGAGUGGAGAAAAGGAGCCCCCAGCUACAGCCAGGGCCAAGAAGUCAUUCCGUGAAGGCUCUAGAAAAUCAUCUAGAGUAAAGGGCUCAGCUCCCGAGUGUGAGCCGACAGAUCCUCCCUCUCUUUGGGAGAAUAAGAUGAAGUCGUGGAUGGAGCGCUAUGAGGAAGCCAGCAGUAACCAGUACAGUGAAGAAGUACGGAUACUGCUAAGAGUAAAAGAAGCCAGAGAUGGCAAAACGCUGGCCUACAAUACACACACUGCAGCCUUCAAACCACCCGUAGAGAGUCACGUACAGAAGAACAAGCGCAUUCUUAAGGCUGUUCGGGACUUGGCUGCCGAUUCGCUCAUAAUCGAGUACAGGGGGAAGGUCAUGCUACGACAGCAAUUUGAAGCCAAUGGUUACUUCUUUAAGAGGCCAUACCCUUUUGUAUUGUUCUACUCUAAGUUUGACGGUUUGGAAAUGUGUGUGGACGCACGGAGCUUCGGAAACGAGGCCCGAUUCAUUCGUCGCUCCUGCACUCCCAACGCUGAGGUGCGGCACGUAAUCGAGGACGGCAUGCUGCAUUUAUACAUUUACUCUCUGAGGUCCAUCUCCAAGGGGAGUGAGAUCACCAUUGGCUUUGAUUAUGACUACGGCAGCUGUAAAUAUAAGGUGGACUGUGCGUGUGUGAAAGGCAAUCAGGAAUGCCCUGUGCUCAAGCAUAACUUGGAACCCACGGAGAAUCUGGGCUCUAGCACACGACGGCGCUGCCGCAAGGACAAAGAACCGUCGCAGGAUGAGAGCGGACAGAACCAGAACCUCACGAUGGACUGUGAUGGGCCCACGGGCAAAUCGCUCAAUGACGCCAAACAGAGAAAACUCUCUCCUCUCCGGCUCUCCAUAUCUAACAAUCAGCCAGGCGAUGAUAAAGGCCCUCUCCCCCUUUUGCAGGAUCCUGAGUUAAUAGAGGAUCUAGAAGAGAAAACCUCCGUUAGCAAUGAAGUAGAGAUGGAGUCAGAGGAGCAGAUUGCAGAAAGGAGGAGGAAGAUGGGCAGCCCGGCAGAGGAGUCCCAUCGUCACGGCGCAGGGGCUUCCUGCUGCAGAGCUCUGAGAAACAAGGAGACACGUGAAGAGAGGAAGAUGGAGGCAAUUCUGCAGGCAUUUGCUCGUAUGGAGAAAAGAGAAAAGCGGAGGGAGCAAGCUUUAGAACGGAUCGGCACCAAAGGGGAAGUUGGCGGACGCAGCGAGAUUAAGGAAGAGCCUCCUACUACACCAGAGGCUGAAUCUCCUGCCAUGUUACAGCCCAUGCUAGAGGUAGUGAAGGAGGAGCCUUGUCUGAAGCCAGCAAAGGUGAGCCGUAACAAACAGAGAAAAAGCUUCUCGCGGAACCGCACGCACAUCGGACAGCAGAGGCGGCGAGCGCGAACGGUCAGCGCCUGCUCUGACUUGCCACCCAGUUCCCCUGGUGACACUUUAGAGCCCUUAAUAACAGAGACUCAUGAUGGAGAGUCGCCCUCGGCCCCUGAGGCUGACGCUCCGCCGAUACAUGCCCCUGACACCAGCCCACCCCACAGCGACUCACCCUCCCCAACUUGCCGCAGUGGACAAAAGUACCUCAAAACUAAAAAGCACUUAGUGAGCGAGUGGAUGGGUGUUGACAAACAGGAACAGGGUGCUUCGCGCACUCCGGAGCCUCCCCCUGAAAGGCCUUUGCGGAUCAGUAGUGAUCCUGAGGUCUUGGCCACACAGUUGAACUCUCUACCGGGCAUGGCCUGCAGUUCACACGUCUACAGCACACCCAAACACUACGUCCGCUUCUCAUCUCCUUUUCUGGCCAACCGUAGCCCCAGCACUCUGGGAGUGCCCACGGGGCGGCGGCGCUCGAGAGAAAUGCCUGAAACACCACCUACCACUGGGUCCUGCAAGAAGCGCUGGCUGAAGCAAGCUUUAGAAGAGGAGGGCUCCACCAGCCCAGGUGGAGGGCGCCCUUCUCUGCUGAUGCCUAGUGAGAGCCCUCUCAGCCCCUCUAUAAACGGCGAGUCCUACAGCCCUCUACCCCUCAACGGCAGUUGCUCACUACCAGAGUUGCCUACCCCUUUGAAGAAAAGGCGCUUAUGUUCACUCGAUCCCUGUAUGUCCGAGACUUCCACCCCAUACGGGUCUCCUUGUGCCACCCCAACCCGAACGGAGUCAACAGAAGCACCAAGCACGCCCCUGCUGCUUACCACGCCUCCUCGGCCACGGCCAGAGGAACCCAGUACUGAGCCCUCAACACCCUUGCAGAUUCCCAACCUCCCUCUGCCACAAGAGAGUGAGUCAUCUAUGGACAGCUCUCCAGAUGGAAGCCGGAGGCCCAGUACACAAGACGUUGAGCGACCUCCUUCGCUUUUGGCUUCUCCCAGCGUGAGAAAUGCAGGCUCUGAUACGGGUCCACAGGAAUCUACAAAAUCUAUGGGGUCUCCGAGUCCUCAGCCCUCCCAUGCUGAGCCCCAGGAUGCCGCAGUAGAUGAAGGCAUGGAGGUUGAUGGUGGUGGUUCAGAAGCUGCCUCAGCACCCGAGACACCAGCCUCCUCUUACCCUCCCUGGAUGAAGAGUCCAGACCGAGGUGGCCUCUCGUUUUCCCCAGUGAACUCUAAUCUGAGAGACCUCACCCCUUCUCACACCUUGGAGAUGGGGGCGUAUAGGCCGGAUUCAACCUCCGCUGGCCCCUUCAGUGAGGCGGCGCCCUUUUAUUCCUGCAAUGAGGAGAGCAGCGGCGUGAACUUUACUCGCUCAUUGAGUGGCGAUGGCACAGGGGAGGGAGGUGCUGCAAAGAACCCGCAGAAGAAAAAGGUGUCUCUUCUAGAGUACAGGAAACGUCAGCGUGAGGCACGGCGAAGUGGUUCCAAGGGAGAGUGUGGCUCCCCUGUUUCCACAGCACCACCAGUAGAUGUUUUCCCUGUCGCAGUGGAAGUGGCCCCUGAGCCACCUGUUCUCACAGCAACGCCAACCCCCAGGACACCUCAGCACAGCGAGGAGCCAGACGCCCCACCUCAGGGGGAGAGAGACGGAGAAGGGCAGUGGACAUCUUCAACAUCAGUAGAGCAGGCCAGGGAGCGAAGCUACCAUAGGGCCUUGUUGUUGAGUGACCAUCGCAAGGAUGCAGACAGUGGAGAGUCAGAGGGUGGCGACUCCCAGGUGAAGGAAUGUCCUUCUCCCAAGAGCUGCAAGAGCCCCUUGACACAUGCAGUAAGAGAACCUUCUCUCAAUCCUUGUUCUCCAGCACCCCAGACUGUGUCUCGACCAUCCAAGGAGGAAGAUGGUGAAGCACAGUCUCGUGGUUCUUCUCAGCCUCAGGCACUGUCCGUCCAGCAAUCCAGCACCAAGACUUCGAGCUCCAAACCAGCCGCACUGACGCCCACCAAGCUCCACUGCGGGCCCUCCGGUGCCUCGCAGAGUCACUAUGCUGGACCUUCGCUCAUGCACUCUCCCAAAGCGCAACCCCAAGCUUCACCUUAUUGGUGGCUUUCAAACCACUCUACUUCACCAGUCUGCACCAGCCAACCCCUCAGUAACCCCUUCCACUUAUCAACAAACUGUAUUACCCCCGCCUCCACCACCACCUUCCCAACAAAUUCCUCCCUCACAGACCCCGCCCAAUCCGAGCGUCUCACAGAUCGCCGGUGGUAACCGAGGACCUACCCCUUCGUCCGCCCCCUUUCACAGCACCGGCUACUUGGGCACAGGAUGGCACUGACCACACCCACUUAACCCCGCCCCCUAGACAAACUCACUCAGAGGGGGGUGGGGGGGCUACAUCGUGUAACAUAGGCAACACAGCACCACUGUAAAUAUUUUCUAUGUACCUUUUCACAAAGGCUAAUGAAAACCGGUGGGGGAAAAAGGGUACAUUUUAAAAAUAAAAAUGAGAACUGUAAAAGUAGACUGUGUAAAAGAUGAUGGUUAAUGAACCCUGGUGCUCAUCACUUACCCAGAAUCCCCCACACCUCUCUCCUUCCCAUAAUCUUGUACUGCCAUCCUGUCUUUUCCAGACGUCUUUUUUUUUAUUUUUAAUGUUUUUAUUCAUUUUAAUCACCCUUUCCGGUCUCUUCCUGUUGAAUCCUUCCUCUGUCCUCCCAGUGCAGUGCAAUGCAAUGGGACAUUCCAGUUUCCUCCUUACCUUUCCCUGUUCUUCCCGUUUCUCACUGUUUUUCAUUCAUCAGUUAUUUGUUUUAUCUAGUGGCUCAUUAUAUAGCAAAAAGGUUUUGUAUAGAGAAAAAAAUACAGAAUUAUUAUUUUUUUUAUUCCUCCAUGUAACACAAAUAUCUGCACCGCUGCAGAAAUUCAGAGGAGACCUUUCUGAUAGGCCGCUUCACUGCCCCAGGAGACUGCACUUGUGUGAAUGAGUGAGUCUGUGUGCAUGAGUGUCUGUUUUUAACCGGAAGGGAGCAUGUAUGCUUGCGUGCCGCCCGUAUCCGUGCGCAUAUUUGAAGUGCGCAUGAGAAACGGAAGGCAAAUACGGCACAGACAGAUGCGUGCUGUUCUCUGUGGCAGCUUUAGAAAGAGAGGUCCUUCCUGUAGGGGGUAAGCGGUUUAUUUUUGAAUAUCAAUGGUUAUUUGUAGAAAGUGUAAUUUAAUGUAUAGGUGGUUACUCCAGCUUUCUCCAGAAACAGUUGUAAAUAUUGGCUUCUUUUCUUUUCUAUGCUUGUACAAUUCGCUCCCAUCCCCAUUUUGGAAUAUGGUUGUAAAUACAAGCGCUCUUGACAAAAACGCUGAAUGUUUCUGUGACUGUAGCACUAUUUUUAUUUCUUCCUCUCUGGUUUAUUUUUUUUUUUACUGUUUGUGUGUGAGUGUAUGUGUGUGUGAUGGACAGAGGCUCACAGACACAGCACUGGUUGGCUCUUUUCAUGGUUCAUUAUAAUAAAUAACUGUAAUGACAGUUUUAUACCAAC